AUGGCAUGUUUAGUCAGUACUUGUGCCAAGCUAGCAUUUGUCUUCGGGGGAAUCAAUCCUACUACACUCUCACUCCAAGCUACGCCUGCUAAGCAACAUGCCUUGCGAUUUCCUUUUCCUUGCUCUUCGAUAAUACGUUGUAGUGAGAGUAUGGCCCGAGGUGCGAGGACGAACGUGCUUUCUCUCGUAAAGGCAAUGCAAACCCAGGAGGCAUUGCCGAAGGGUCUCAAGCCAGAGCUUAUGCCUAAUCACAUUGCUAUUAUUUCGGAUGGCAACCGCAGAUGGUCAAAUGAGAAAGGUUUCAAAAGUCAGCUCGGUCACCGGAAUGGUGCACGUGUAAUGAAGGAGAUAGUUUUUCUCUGUUGCAACUGGGGAAUCAAAGUUGUUUCCUUCUUUGCGUUUUCAACUGAAAACUGGGCUCGACCUAAAGAGCAGGUUGACGCUCUGAUGUGCCUGUUUGAAGAUGUAAUACAAACAGAUCUGCAGGAAUUUAUGGGAUACAAUGUGCGAAUAUCAUUCAUCGGAGAUAAGUCAAAGCUCCCCAAGUCACUGCAAGAAGUGAUGGCCACAGUAGAGGAUUCAACUAGAGGUAACAUGGGACUCCAUCUUAUGAUAGCCAUAAACUACAGUGGACGAUACGACAUAAUGCAAGCCAGUAGAAGCAUAACCAGUAAAGUUAAAGAUGGCUUUCUUCAAGUCGAAGAUAUCAAUGAAACCUUAUUUGAGAAGGAAUUGGAAACAAACUGUGCCCAAUUUCCUAACCCGGAUUUGCUUAUACGAACAAGUGGUGAGCAAAGAAUAAGCAAUUUCUACCUGUGGCAGUUGGCUUACACAGAAGUCUUCUUUUCUGUUAAAAAAUUUCCAGACUUUGAAGAAGAAGAUUUCAUAGAGGCCUUGAUCUCAUUUCAGAAAAGAGAGAGACGUUAUGGUGGAAACAAAUACUAA